GGGGAAUCUAGACCAGAGAGCAACACAGCACGGGAAUUACACGAUCCUCUUGUGACGUCACACCUCUAGCUUGCCACCAAUUUUGCAAUCUCGCCGAGGGGCUGGACAAUCGGCCAGGCACAGCAGGAUAAAGUGCUAGGUGUGUUGUAGCCGCCCGGGCCUAUUCUCUCCUGUCUACUACCUCUUGAAAUUGAAAUUUUACGUGCGUGACGGUAGUUCUGCAGCGAUUGAUACAGCUGCCCGUCUCAUUGUUUGGUGCAGCUCUCGGUUUGUUGUUAGCAGUAGUUCUCUCUCGUUCCUGACGCUACGGAAAGAACGCCCGCCCCUCGAUCCAAAACCUCAAGCAUACCCUGUGACACCACGGAGCACCAUGGUCGUUUUUGACAAACACGAGCACCUCACCGAGGAGGAGAAGCGCCUGAAGGAGGAUCGGGACCGGACCAAGUACUGGAAGAAGUGGGGUUCUUACCUCGCUGAGCGGCAAUGGGCUACUGUGCGAGAGGACUACAGCGCUGACGGCGAUGCUUGGAAUUACUUCCCCCACGAGCACGCACGCUCCCGUACCUACAGGUGGGGCGAGGAUGGCAUUGCCGGUGUCUGCGAUUCACACGGACUCCAAAACAUUGCAUUUGCAUUCUGGAAUGGAAAGGACCCCUUCCUCAAGGAGAGGCUCUUUGGUUUAUCGAAUCCCCAGGGAAACCACGGAGAGAGCAUCAAGGAAGCUCAUUUCCACCUCGACAACACUCCUACGCAUUCGUACAUGAAGUAUCUCUAUAAAUACCCGCAGAAGGAGUUCCCCUACGAAACUCUGGUGGAGGAGAACGCCAAGCGGACCAAGGAGGAGAAGGAAUACCAGUUAAUUGACACGGGAGUCUUCGAGGAGGACCGAUACUGGGACAUUUUUAUCGAAACUGCCAAGGAAGAUGACGAUCCCGACGAGAUACUGUUUCGAGUCACGGCCUGGAAUCGUGGCCCAGAGCCAGCCCCCCUCCACAUCAUCCCGCACGUCUGGUUCCGGAACACUUGGGCAUGGGGACGGGAGCCGGAGGAGAAAAAGCCGUCAAUUGGAGUGUAUGCUGAAAACAUGGCGAAGUCGAAUCACAGUACCCUCGGCGAGCGGUACUUCCUCUUCUCGCCGUCACCCGGCGUCGGACCCAGCGGAGAAGAUGUCGAACCCGAGAUGCUAUUUACCGAGAAUGACACCAACUAUAAGCUGCUUUACGGUCGCGAGAAGAACGAGCAACCGUACGUCAAGGAUGCUUUCCACCGCUACAUUGUCGAUGGCGAAAAAGACGCUGUGAAUCCCGAGAAGACUGGAACGAAGUCUGCGGCCUGGUUUUCCUUCAACGAGGCAGGCGGUGUGAAUCCCGGCGAAUGUGCAGUGGUUCGCUUUCGCUUUACAAAGAGGACGGACCCGUACCUUGACGAGGAAGAGUUUGACGACCUCAUCGAACGAAAGAGGGAGGAGGCAGAUGACUUCUACUACCAUCUCAGCCCGCUCCCCAUGUCUGAUGAUCUCCGCAACAUCCAGAGACAGGCCUUUUCGGGCAUGAUGUGGUGCAAGCAGCACUAUCAUUUCAUCUGGGAGGAAUGGGCUAAUGGAGAUCCCUCCCAACCGCCGCCACCUCCCGGGCGAAAGGGGCUGCGAAACUCGCCGUGGAAACAUCUGUAUUGCGACGACAUUCUCUCCAUGCCGGACUCUUGGGAGUACCCGUUCUUCGCGGCCUGGGACACCAGUUUCCACUGCAUCCCUCUUGCCAUGAUCGACCCCGAGUUUGCCAAGAAGCAGCUGGACUUGUUCACUCGGGAAUGGUAUUGCCAUCCGAACGGCCAACUACCAGCGUACGAGUGGAAUUUCAGCGAUGUCAAUCCCCCCGUCCACGCGUGGGCUACAUUCCGCGUCUUCAAGAUUGAGCGCAAGAUGUACGGAAGGCAGGAUCUUGACUUCCUGGAAAGGGUGUUCCAGAAGCUCCUCUUGAAUUUCACGUGGUGGGUGAACCGGAAAGAUGUCGAAGGUAAGAACGUCUUUGAGGGGGGUUUCCUCGGCCUCGACAACAUUGGCCUGUUCAACCGUUCGGAGCCGUUGCCUACCGGCGGCACUCUGGAGCAGGCAGACAGCACCGGGUGGAUGGCUUUCUAUUGCCUGAACAUGCUCAACAUUGCCCUCGAGCUCGCGAAGCACCGACGCACCUACGAGGACAUCGCCUCAAAGUUUUUCGAGCACUUCAUCCUCAUUAGCGACGCCAUGACGUUUAGGAUGGGCCAUAAGGAAGAGCAGUCGCUGUGGAAUGACGAAGACGGCUUUUACUACGAUGCCAUCGCCUGGGGCGGCCCGUACAUCCAACAGCUCCCAGUGCGCUCUCUUGUCGGGCUCAUCCCCCUGUACGCCACUCUAACCCUGGAGCCGGAACUGAUCAACAAGCUACCAUCCUUUAAACGGCGAGUAGAUUGGUUUGUGAAGAACCGCUGCGACGUGGCCGAACGGACCAUGCACAGCAUUGCCAAGAGGGGCAAGGGGGAUCGUAUCCUCCUGUCGCUUGUUAGCAAGGAUCGACUUGUCAAGAUCUUGCGCCGGAUGUUGGACGAAGACGAGUUCCUGAGUCCGCAUGGAAUCCGCUCGCUCUCCAAGUACCACAAGGAACACCCGUACUCGAUGGAGGUUAACGGCCAGACAUUCAGGGUCGGGUAUGUACCGGGAGACUCGGACAGCGGAUUGUUUGGCGGCAACAGCAACUGGAGAGGUCCGAUCUGGCUCUGUGUCAACUUCCUCCUCGUGGAAUCGCUGCAGCGUUUCCAUCUCUUCUUCGGGCACGAUCUCCAGGUCGAGUGCCCCGUCGGCUCCGGCGACUUUAUGCACCUGGGACGCGUGUCUGAGGAGAUUCAGCAUCGGCUGCAGCACCUGUUCGCCCGCGGAGACGACGGCAGGCGCAGCGUCAAUGCAGGAGAUGAUCUCCUGGACUUUGACGAGAACUGGAAGGAUUACCUCUGGUUCCACGAGUUCUUCGACGGCGACAGCGGCCGGGGCCUCGGCGCCACCCAUCAGUGCGGUUGGACCGGGCUGAUUGCCCGAAUGAUUCACGAUACCGGCGUCAACUGCCGCCUCCCCCAAACCCCAGGCACCCCCUCCGCGGCCAUGGCCCACUACUUUGAUGACACCCUGCACCGCCACGCGCACGGCUCGCAGACUCCCCGCUCGUCCGCCAUGCCGCGCCUCCGGCGCUCCUCGACGGGGCGCUCCAUGGCGGCGCGCAGCGACUUUGACGGCGGCCGCGACAGCGAGGAGGGCGGGAGCGUGGACACGGCCGUCUACAGCCGGCGCGGCUCGACCGCCAACCACCACAAUCAUCACGACGACGACCAGCCGGACCGCCUGCGCGCGCGCGCCGAGGCCGACGAGCACCUGCGCGCGUACGUCACCGAGCAGCUCGAACGGGUGCGCAGCGCGAGGGCCGCGGGGGACGGGGACGGGAAUGCGGAUGCGGAUGAGUUUGAGGCGCGGGCGUGAGUUUGGUGGGAGGUGGACUAACUAGCGCUGGAAAGAGGAGGGAAGGCAUGGUUGAUCGGAUCGGCCGUGGCUGCUUCGGGGGCGAACUCUUGGAUGGGUUGGUUAUCUUUAGAUGUAUUGGGGGACUUUGGGACUGGGUGAGGAUAUAUAGACAGGCAGCAGCGGGGGCACGGCACAGCACAUAUGAAAGGGGGUGGAGGGUGUUGGGGAGGACAACGAGGGCGAUCAUGAUUAAAUCUCUAACUUCUCUCCCGAUAUAUCAUUCGUGUGGUAAAUAUAAACGGCGCCAACAUAGAAGAUCAAAUCGUUUUCUCACCCGAGAUACUUGUCGAUGGAUGUCUACAAUCACGAUCCGUCACACAUUUGACUCACGCUCAGGCGAUGAAAUGGGGGAAAUGUCUCUCUAUUCAGGACUCGUCGUAUACACAGCUUCCUCCUUCUAUG